AUGGAGGGGCACAACCUCACCACAGUGACCGAGUUCAUCCUGCUGGGCAUCACAGAUCGCUGUGAGCUGCAGGCUCCACUCUUCCUCCUGUUCCUCAGCAUCUACCUGACCUCGCUGCUGGGCAACCUGGGCAUGAUCAUCCUCACCCAGGUGGACCCCAGUCUGCAGACUCCCAUGUACUUUUUCCUCAGACACCUGGCUCUCACGGAUCUUGGCUAUUCCACAGCCGUGGGACCAAAGAUGUUGGAAAAUUUUGUAACAGAUCAAAACACAAUCUCCUAUUAUGGUUGUGCUACACAAUUGGCUUUCUCCAUUGUGUUUAUUUCUUGUGAGGUUUUUAUUCUGUCAGCGAUGUCCUAUGACCGCUAUGUGGCCAUCUGUCACCCUCUCCUCUACACAGCCAUCAUGUCACCGAGGGUGUGUUGGGUACUCGUGGUGAUUCCCUAUCUCUACUGCACAUUCGUGUCUCUUCUGUUCACUGUAGAGAUUUUCACGUUGUCCUUCUGUGGUUACAAUGUCAUCAGUCAUUUCUUCUGUGACACACUCCCCUUGGUAUCUCUUGUCUGCUCAGAUACCCAUGAAAUCGAAUUGAUAAUGGUUAUUUUUGCAGCAUUUGAUCUGAUUUCUUCUCUUCCGGUGGUCCUCCUGUCCUACCUGCUCAUCCUCACAGCCAUCCUCAGGAUGAAGUCUGCAGAGGGCAGGCGUAAGGCCUUCUCCACCUGUGGGUCCCACCUGACCGUGGUCACUGUGUUCUUCGGGACCCUGGUAUUUAUGUACCUGCAGCCCAAGUCCAGUCACUCCUUUGACACUGACAAAGUGGCUUCGAUAUUUUACACCCUGGUCAUCCCCAUGUUGAAUCCUCUCAUCUACAGCUUGAGGAACAAAGAUGUGAAAUGUGCCCUUCAAAGAUCACAGAGAAAGCUGCACAAAGUCUUUUCUAACAAUGCUCUACAUUACUAUUCCUAUAAAUGA